GUGGUCAUUCUCACUUUUAAUCUCUCACUGGGUGAAGUGUAUCGCAAAUAUCCUAAGGGAGAAGGACAUCUCGUUUCUAAAGCUCAGGACUGGAGUUUAACAUUGUUUUAAAAUGCAGAAGUGGUCGUUUUCUCUCGCAACAUCUUUUCGGGUUUUCUAUAUGCGACUAACGUUACUCGGAUUUUGUUUCCUGCACUUCUCACUAGUCACAGGUGCACAAGCUGAAUGUCCUGUUCAGCUCAACCCACAGAGAGUUGUUGUGAGAUACGGCGGUUCUGUUGCAGCCAACUGUAACACUUCAGUCCCGCAUAAAGGGAUGGGAUGGGAAGCCAGUCAGGGAGGAGUGCGCAUGACCAAAAACCAGAGUCUGAUCACAUGGAGAGUGUCAGAACUGACAGAAUGGGACAUAAAGCCAUUCUGCUACAUAAACUAUAAGGAUGAGGAUCAGUGUAAAGAAGAGCUCCCAGUCACUGUUUACAAGACUCCAGACAGUGUGUUCAUCAGUGUGAGUCACAGCGGACCAAUGAUGGAGGGAGAGCCGUAUGAGCUCCAGUGUGACGUUCACAAUGUGGCUCCUGUUCAGGAUCUCACUGUCAACUGGUACAAAGGACAGACUCUGCUGAAUCAAACCACCUUCACUGAAGCUAGCGAGACUCCAGUGAAUAAAAUAGCCACACUCCUGAUCCGUCCAGACAGAGCUGAUGAUGGAGCUCAAUACAGGUGUGAAGCAGAGCUGGAUCUGGGAGCAGAAGGACCUCAACCUCAUCCUACAAUUUCAUCAAAUCCUCUCAGCAUGACUGUAUAUUUUAAACCAAUCAUCAAUGAGACCAAACUGCCCUCCGUAGUGCAUGUGUUUCGAGGCUAUCCAGAGGUGCUUGUUUGUGAAGCCGAGGGAAACCCAAAACCAACAAUCAGCUGGAGCCUCGGCACAAAUGACACAGUACAUAGCACACAUAGUGAAAAACUUAAUAUAACAGAGUCAACACCUGAGGAUCUGUACUGCACUGCAAGCAAUUCUGUUGGCAGUAUCACCAGACAUGUAAAAGUGUCCAUACAAGAUAUUUCCAUCAGCUUUGUGAAUCACAGUGGACCAGUGAUAGUGGGCAAGCAGUAUGAGCUCCAGUGCUUCAUUCAGAAUGUGGAUCCAUCUAAGAGUGUUGUUGUGAGAUGGUACAAACUGAGUCAAACCAACUCCACUGAUACCACCAAGACUCCAGUCAGUAGCACAUCUAAACUCCAGCUCAGUCCAAACAAAACUGAUGAUGGAGCUCAAUACUGGUGUGAAGCAGAAGGAACCCAACAUUAUCCAACAAUGUCAUCAGAACAUCUCAGCAUUACUGUACAUUAUAAACCAAUCAUCAAUGAGAUCAAACUGCCCUCCACAGUGCCUGUAUUUCGAGGCUAUCCAGAGGUGCUUGUUUGUGAAGCCGAGGGAAACCCAAAACCAACAAUCAGCUGGAGCCUCGGCACAAAUGACACAGUACAUAGCACACAUAGUGAAAAACUUAAUAUAACAGAGUCAACACCUGAGGAUCUGUACUGCACUGCAAGCAAUUCUGUUGGCAGGAAGACCAGACAUGUAAAAGUGGUAUUAAAAGAGGAUUACCUGCCCUUAAUAGCAGGACUUAUUGCAGUCAUUGUGGCGUUCAUCUCAGUCAUCUUCAUCUUCAUCUUCUCUAUCUACUACAAAACAGCCAAGAUGGGCCAUUAUAGCCUGAAGGAUGCCAAGCCUAGUGCACAAAAUGGAAACAUAGCACAGAAUGGCAAACACAACCCUAUUCCAAUGAAGAAACUCUCUCAGAGCAAUAUCCUUGCUUAGGUUAUGAAAUCCCUGGGUUUGGCGCAUCUACCGAGUCCCAGUGUCCACAAAGGGAUUUUUUACACUGGAAGUCUCUAGCCCCCUACUUUGUGGCGUUUUUGUUUCUUCGUAUAUUCUUCAGCACCUGUUCAUUCACUCCACUCCUAGAUCCAGUUUUUAUCAACUGUUAAUUACAUCACAAAAUACACUUUUUAGUUUGCAAUCUAAUGGACCAGAAGAAAAUAUGUGACAGAACCGGUGACAAAGAAAUGCUAAAUGAUUUCAAAUUAACGGACCUGAUGUCUGCAGUGGACGUUUUCAUGAAUCAACGAUCUUGAUAUAAGUGAAUGUUCAUUAGCUACAAAGUGACUUUGAUUGAUUGAGUAAUACUUGCUUUGUAUGUCAUUUAAGGGAAGGCUUUUGUUAAAUUGUGUAAAAAGACUAUUCUUUUGUCUCUGGCACAUUGGUCAGUUUGAAUAUUUGUGUUUUGUCAAAAGCUAUACGGUAUGUAUUAAGAAAUGAUGUUUUAUUAACAACGUUCAGGAGGAGCACAUUCAGAUAAUCAACCAAUUAAGCACGAUAGUAUAUAUAUAUAUAUAUAUAUAUAUAUAUAUACAGCCAACUUGUUUCAUGACAGAUUUCAGGCGUCCGUCCUCCACCCCAACACCUCACUCCUAACUAUUCCUAUCCCAGCUUGGGAUAUGGGGGAGUUCUCUGGGAGCUCGGAGCCUUCCCUUCAGACAGCAUGCCAAAUAGGCAUCCUAUUUGCUCAGUCUGGUUAUAUGUAAGUGUGAUUUGUGAAAGACACCAUGAUUGAGUGUGUUACUUCGUUAAACAAAUUAUUUGUUUGAUGUUUCUAUUCCUUUGGUAAAAUCCACACUUUAGAGGGUGGAAAUAUAGCACACGAUGGCUGUAAAGAAGUCAAAGCUUGGGUAUGAGGUUUCUCAUGCUGAACCUGUGGGAGAAUAUUUGGAUGAAUUUCUAAAAAAUUUCUCUCAGGCCUCAUAGUUUGUAAAAAAAAGGAAAAAAAAAGAUGCU